CCGUUGCCUCAAGAUGGCGGACGCGAUGCGGUGGCGCUGCGUCGGUUGCCCCUGAGGUGGCUGUGACGACUAACGGUUGGCGAGGCUCCACAGUUGAGGCGGAAGACAGUCGUCCAAGCAGGGGGAAGAAGAGGAGGCGGCCCCACUGCCCGCCGACUUCUCGCUAGCCACCGGCUCAACACCGCCGCCACCAGGGGUUGGCCCCUCAGCAGCCCGCCCGCUGCCAGUCCCGGCUGCCUUCCCCAGCCGCCGCCAUGAAGCUAACCGACAGCGUGUUGCGGAGCUUCCGCGUCGCCAGGGUGUUCUGCGAAAACUCGGACAAGAUUAACUGCUUCGAUUUCAGCCCCAACGGCCAGACGGUCAUCUCAAGCAGCAACGACGACUCCAUCGUGCUCUAUGACUGCCAGGAGGGCAAACCAAAGAGAACCCUGUACAGUAAGAAAUACGGCGUGGACCUCAUCAGAUACACUCAUGAGGCAAACACAGCUGUUUACAGCUCUAACAAAAUAGACGAUACUAUUCGUUACUUGUCCUUGCAUGACAACAAAUACAUCAGAUACUUUCCUGGACAUAGCAAAAGGGUGGUGGCCUUGUCCAUGUCACCUGUGGAUGACAUUUUCAUUUCUGGGUCUCUUGAUAAGACCAUUCGACUCUGGGAUCUCCGGGCUCCUAACUGCCAGGGCCUCGUGCAUCUACAGGGGAAGCCAGUUUGUUCUUUUGAUCCAGAAGGGUUAAUUUUGGCUGCAGGUGUCAACUCUGAGAUGGUCAAACUUUACGACCUUCGUUCUUUUGAUAAGGGGCCAUUUACUACCUUUAAGAUGCAGUGUAAUCGAACUUGUGAGUGGACAGGACUUAAAUUCAGCAACGAUGGCAAGGUCAUCCUCAUUUCCACCAACGGCAGCUUCAUUUCUCUCAUUGAUGCGUUCAAAGGAGUGGUGAUGCACACGUUUGAGGGUUAUGCCAACAGCAAAGCUGUCACACUGGAGGCUUCAUUUACUCCAGACUCUCAGUUUAUUAUGAUUGGUUCAGAAGAUGGCAAGAUCCAUGUCUGGAAUGGAGAGAGUGGUAUAAAAGUAGCUGUGUUGGAUGGUAAACACACCGGCCCGAUUACCUGUUUGCAGUUCAACCCCAAGUUCAUGACUUUUGCCAGUGCGUGUUCCAACAUGGUCUUCUGGCUGCCCACCAUUGAUGAGUCACCCUGAUGCUGCUAGGCUAUUUCUGUACAGUGAGGGCGGCCAUAGGAAGAAUCUCAGAGGGGGUCUGAGAUAGUAGUGGGAUUGGAUCGUUUGACUGGGCUGGAGAGCAUCCUUUACAUGGCCUUCUCAUGGAUGUGCUGUACAUCUGCUCAAAAGAAAAUAAUUACUUUGCCGAGCAUCUUCAAAAGGACUCUGGCGCAACAGACUCAACUGGAACUCAGCUUUAAUAGCUGUCACUGCACCAAGCUCUGCUGGAGGAGUGACCAGACUCACGAUUUGUGUAUAGUGGGACUCUCAAGACAUCUUCAAUUUGAAUGUACCUGCUGCUGAGGAGCCAGUGAAGUCAUCAGCUCUGCACAUCCCUUCUCCUACCCCCCUAAAUGUAUGGAAAGCUACAGUCCUGGUUUUGAAAUGCUAGAGCAGCUCAGUGCCUCUUGCCCUCACCUUGCAUGUCUUGUUACUGGGUCUCCCUGUGUACUUGUGACAUUAUCCACAACCAUCAUGUUUAUUAGGUGCCAAACAUUUACAGAAAUGUUUCCAUAUUGGGGUCAGAGAAAGAGACAGAUACAGAAGGACCUUGCUUGCAGGAAGCCACGAAGUUAGUCACCGCAAUUAGUCAUGUGAAGCUAGGUGGUUUGGCAGGCCUCAGGCUCUAGGUGUUGGAUGGGAAAAAGCCCAAGGGCCUAAAAGGGAGGGUAAGGGGAUGGUAGGUGAGUUCCUAGGGCUGGAAGGUUUAGCAGCAGCGCGGUGUAGUGCCCUGUCAUCAAGACAAACCCAAGGUCCUCCUGGGUGCCUGCCAAGCUUGGUUUGUACAAAAGCAAGGUUGGAGUCUAUUUAUGUACAUGAUAUAACAUCACACUUUCCUGUGGGCCAGUAUUGAGAAGUGAGUCUGAGUUCUUUACACUGAUGCCUUCCCUGCCCACCACUAAUUGUGUACAUAGUCUUCCCUGCCCACCACAAAUUGUGUACCUUUCCCCAGCUCCCAACCAGGAGCUACUUCUAGGCCUGUGUUAUAUUUAGCCUUUUAAUAUAUGACCUUUGAUUUCUGUUGUUUGUAUUUUAGCCAGUGUAUGCACCUUCAUUUAAAUACAUCUGUGUGCAUACAGAUAUGUGUAUAUGUGUGUGCGUAUGCAUAUAUGUCUCUCAUCUGUAAUUUCUGAGAGUUCAGCUGAAGCAGAUGGAGUCCUACAGCCCAGGAGACACAUUGCAUCCUUGCUAAUAGUGUUCACCACAAGUGUUAGUGAGUCUUCCCUAUUAACGUUUCAUUUCGGAAGACUGAAUGAAGCAAAGCUUAUAGUGUUUGCUGUUUCCAUGGCAGCUAAGUGAAGGUCUUGGGAUGACUCCCUGUGUUCCUCAAGCUGUACUUUGGGGCCCUCUCUGCAGUAUUAACCCCUUUUUGCUUGGUGGUACUCUGUACCUGUGUGUGAUAGUCACUUUUGCGUGGCUUCUGUGUCUGGCUUGUGGCAUUUAGGGAUAGGGUGUUAUAAAGUAUAUCAAACUCUUUAUAUGCUAAAUUCUAAGGGAAAUUUAUCAUAUGACUUCUUACAUAGGACACAAUGAAUGAUAUUAUGGCCACUGCUUUGUUUCAUUUGAAAUUAAUAAACCUAACACAAGA